UUUGUCAAAUAUGGUUGAACAAGUGCAAGUGGAUAUUAUCAACUUUCCUUCGUAAAUAAAACGCUAAAAAACAAUGCUAGAGUGACUAUUUCCCCAUUUUUGUGUAAAGUGUUUAUUACUACAUAAUCUAUGUUAAGAAAAAUGGGCGACAGUACUGAUUCGGAGGAGUUUUUCGACGCGGAAGAAUUCACACCUGUAAAAGGAUCGAAAAGAUCAUCAAUAUGCAGCAAAAGUGCAAGCAUAAAUGAGAGUAAUGGCAAGGAAAAGGAGAGCAACCAAAAAGAGAAGCAUGAAGACAAUGCAGCACGGAGCAAUGCUGCAACUAGUACUCCUGUCACUGUCACAGAAAAUGCAGCUGUUGCUGUCCAAGAUGAUAGGAACACUGUUAAAAAUGUAGUUCAGGGCAGGAGGAGAUUUCAAGAGCUAAGAAGAUGCAUGCAGACAGAAGAAGAAGAUGAGCCCGACCCUGGGGCUCCUCUAUCAGCCCCUAUGGAGCGCCCAUUCAAGAUAAUAUCACACGACACCAUGAGUCUGCAGAGUAUGACGUCACUCGGCAGAAUCGGAAGAAUCUUGGGCGGGGCUGCAGAAUCUCAUUCAAAUAUCCGUGACUCCACAACAGCGCCCUCUGCGUCGUCGAGAGAACCUUCCACCGUGUCCGCCGACGAUCACAUCCAUUCUGAUAGAGCACCAAAUGUGCUAGCAAUGGCGGAACCGGACGUGAUAGCGAGCACGAAAGCCAACAGCCUGAAGCAAAGUCGCGCGUCAUCGGCUGGCAUAGUUUCCAUGUCUGGUUCGUCGGGGACCGAGCCCCGGCCCGCCAGCGUGGCCGGCCCCGUCGCACCGCCGAGGAAAAAGAAACGAAAUAAACUGCACGGUUCGCAGUCCCUGUCCACGACGGAUGGGGAUAACCUCAGCAUCUGUACCACGGACACGGAUGAGAUCAGAUACGUGAGACGAACGGACAAACCGCAGCUGGAGUCCUUAAUUGUUGAGCCUCCACUAUCGAAUUCCAUAAACCAAACAAUGGCACUGCCGAGUCCAGCGAGCACAAUAGAAUCUCUGACCAGAGAAUUCCAGGAUUCCUUGGAAUUGUCCCAAUCCAAGUAUGCGGCCCUGGACAUGUCCCACUCCCACCACGAGUCCCGCUCGAGCGAGCGAGCGAGUACGUCGUCUAGAAGCAGCACCGCUACUUCACUGCGACCGCAUCCCACGCAUUCUACAUUGGAUAUCAAAGAGGCUGUUAAAGGUGAGUACGUGGUGCGUCCGCAAGAUGAGGAGCGUUUUCGCGCGUCGGGCAACACGCCCAACGUAACCAACGUGACCAGCACUGGUACUAUGGGCAGCAAUGCGAGCGGACGGACGCAUAGUGAGGGCAGGCCGCCCACCACUGGCACUUCUAGUCUUGGAUCUGUUAACAGACGCUCAGACGGCAGCCGCGCUCGGCGCCGCUCGGCCGGGGACUCCCCUCAAGCGGGCGCGGGGCUCCACGCGCGCGCCUCCUCUCCUUCACACCAACUAUCCGACAUCGAGAUAUUGGAGCAAGUCACUGUUCUGAACCUAGACACCGGCGAGCGCAUGCCGCUGAGCGUGGCGGAACACAAGCUGCCGCAAUGCAUCAACCCGCUCAGCCUGCACAUCAUGCGCCUCACAUCCGAGUACAUCGGCCGAGCUAACGACGAUGAUAACACCAGUCUGAAGAGCAAACCAAAGAGCUUAUGGCGGAAACGGGCCUCCAUUAGCUUCUACAGUAGCUCGCGCAACCUCUUGCGGCGCUCGCCGUCGGCGCCCUUGCACCCUGCCCUAUCGAGCCUCAGUAUUGACACUACUAGAGAAACAGACGAGGAGAGUGAAAGCGUUUGCGCCGGCGGCGCGGAAGACGAAGCCAAAGAGAUCAAGAAGGAAGGCACUGACAGACAGACAACAGCUAUCAAGAGAAAAACAGAGAAAUUAAAACGCUUCUUCGGAAGUACGGUGAAGAAGACAGUAGACGCGGCUAAGUCGCUCGCGCAAGAAGUGUCGCACGCGCGACAUAAAGAAGACGUCGCGGACAUAGUGGACGAUGUUCGCGGGGAACACAACAUCAAGCUGAAGGCUUCCAACUCGCACAAAGGGCCGUACGACUUCGAUGGAUGCGUGAGAUAUGUGCAGGAAAUGGGCUCAGGCCACUCGGGCGCGGUGUGGUGUUGCAAGUUCAGCGUGUGCGGGCGACUGCUGGCCACGGCCGGCCAGGACAAGUUGCUGAGGAUAUGGGUCACCAGGGACGCGUACCAAAUGUUCCACGACAUGCGCACAAAAUACAACGCGGAAAAGAAAUGCUCGCCCUCCCCCUCCCAAGAAUCCCUCGCGUCCCUCGCGCCCCCUCCCCCGUCGCCCGAAGAACCCCCCUUAGGCCCCGCCGCGCCCUUCUGUCCCAAACCCUUCGUCGUUUACUCCGGACACACUUCCGACCUCCUGGACGUGUCGUGGUCGAAAAAUUACUUCAUACUGUCGAGUUCUAUGGAUAAGACUGUCAGGCUGUGGCACAUCUCGAUAGGCGAGUGCCUGUGCUGCUUCCAGCACAUCGACUUCGUGACGGCCAUCGUGUUCCACCCGCGGGACGACCGGUACUUCUUGUCCGGCAGCUUGGACGGCAAGCUGAGGCUAUGGGACAUUCCCGAUAAGAAGGUAGCAGUAUGGAAUGAAGUAGACGGCAAAACAAAACUAAUAACAGCCGCGAAUUUCUGUCAGAACGGCAAAUUUGCCGUCGUGGGCACCUACGACGGACGAUGCAUAUUCUACACCACCGACCAACUCAAAUACCACACGCAAAUAGACGUGCGAUCCACUCGAGGGAAGAAUUCCACCGGAAGAAAAAUCAGUGGUAUAGAACCCAUGCCGAACGACGACAAAAUCCUCAUAACCUCAAACGAUAGUAGAAUAAGGCUAUAUGAUUUACGCGACUUGAAUCUAUCGUGCAAGUAUAAAGGCUAUGUAAAUGUUUCCAGCCAAAUAAAGGCUAGCUUCUCUCACGACGGUAAAUACAUAGUGAGCGGUUCAGAAAACCAGUGUAUUUAUAUAUGGAAGACUUGCCAUGAUUAUUCCAAGUUCACGUCGGUCAGGAGGGACAGGAAUGAUUUCUGGGAGGGCAUCAAGGCGCAUAACGCGGUGGUCACAUGCGCGGUGUUCGCGCCCAACCCAGACCAUAUGAUACGGAUGAUAACUGAGAGGGAGGAGAAAAUGAACGCUAGUAAGACGCCGGAUGAAAAGGAUGAAGUGAAGGCAGCGGAGGGCGGCAUGGUGGCUUCAUCCCAGACCGGGCACGUGUUAGUGAGCGCGGACUUCAACGGCUGCAUCAAGGUGUUCGUGCACAAAGCCAAGCCCAAGCACAGCUCCCUGCCCGCUUCUGCUUUAGCUUGAAUUUUUGUGAAACCAGCCUAAAGUGUACCUAAAUAAUAUGAAGUAUUAAACUUUGAAGCUACUCUAGUACCAGUUGUACCAGUUCCACAGUUAAUAACGCUUACUUCCACGGACAGGAUGCGACAAGGAUCUUUUGGCACGUGGCCAAAAUCGGAACUAACGCCGCCAUCUUGUGAAGUUUCACGCCGGCCCCUAUAUGUGGUGUUGCGAAGUAAAAAAUUAUGCUGUUUUUUUUUUUAUAUAUUAGAGCCAUGCCAAAUACAUAUACAUCACAAUAUAUCCUGUUAAUAAAUACAGCAUAAAUGUGUCUGCAUUAUCUGCAAUUAUAGUAUAGCAGGGAAACAUGACAGGUUGCAAGUCCAUGGCUUUAUGGUUUUUAUUAUUUUAUCCUUAUGUGGAAACAGGGGCGGCUUUCCCAAUUUCUCAUUCAGCUAAAAUUAGAUAAAGCUUACUCAAUUUUCAGCAUUUAGUUUUUCGACAUAUUCCCUAAAAUUGAGGCGAUUCUAAUUGCUGGCAGCUUUUGUUCUAUCACUACGAUCCCCUGUCAAUGUUAUUCAAGUGCCAAAAGAUCCUUGUCGCACUAUACAAAAGGCUCGGACAAUGAGACGACGUGUUUGCGCUACCACGGACGAUGCUCUUAACAUGGUGCAUCGGUGCGGGCUGUCCUCUCUCUUACUUGAAGUAAGAAAGAAAAAGACAGACUGUUUAAUCCAUAGAUUAUGUCCGUCUAUGUAAAUCUAUGGUUGUAGGUACCUAUUUGUGUAGAUUUCAGUACUAAAAUACGAGUAGAUAUAGAUGAAACGAAAAAUGCAAUGCAAAUAAAGAAAUGCUUAGAUAUUAGAUUCUAUUUUACUAACGGAGUAUUCGAUUCGAUUAAGUAGGUAUAUGCUACAUAAAUAUUACUUAGCGCUUAGUAUGAGAUUUCAAAUCUUAAUAACAGAAUUCGAUCGUCGAAACACUUAAAGUAAAAUGGUCCUUAUUUACUUUGUUAUAAAACUCAAGUUCGUCCAUACAACUACAGCCAACGCUCUAAGAGCGGAAACCUUGCGAAUUUUUUUCAGUGGUGCUAAAUUUUCGACUUUAAAACAAGGUAAUGUAGGUCCAUUUUACUCUGACGUUAUUGUGUUUCGAAGCUUGAACUCUAUCAAUCGUGACGUUUCAUCUAAGCACUCGGCUUGCUUCGUUAAUCCUGGGUAUGGUCAAAGUAACAAAGUUUCGGGCAAUUCUCCGAUUGCCCAAACUUGUAGUCAAACGAGGAUCGACUAACCAAACCUACAGGGGCCGAAUUUCAGCGUUUGAGUUUAAAAUAUAAGAAGCCAUAAAAAGAAUUAUUAGAAUCAUUACUGAAUGAAAUGAUUUACUCGUAUAUUUAUGGAAACGUGAUAUAAUCGCGCAAAAAGUUAUUUAAAACCGAAAUGUAGUCAAAAUUGUAUUAAUACUCUUGUAGACCAAAUAACCACUAUUAUGAGAGCUGUAUGGAAUACGAUUUUUGUUCAGAAUAGCCGUUCUACACAUUGAAUUCAAAAUAAUAAAAUACGUUAAUUAACCAUACUAAAAAUCUGACCAUCUUUGUCUUUAAGUAGAACGUUAAAACGAUAGAACUACGUAGAGUCGUGGAAAAAUAAUUUAUUCUUCUAAAAUGGUGUUUGUAGACUUCAUAAAAAAUAACGAUAAUAAACAAUAUUUUUCCGAAUAUCUAUUGAUAACGUAAGAUAUGAAUUAAUUCAUAAUACACACAUAUAAUUUAUUCGUUGUAUAUAUUAAAUAAUAAUUAAUUGCUUUCCUAUAAUCUUGUUUAUAAUUAUUGUCUAUUUCUUAGUUACUCUUAUCUUAAAUUAAUGUCAUUAUUUUUGCAUGUAAAAUUAAUUAAAUUCAUAACUUAACUAAGUGAUUUGUAUUAGUUUUUGUUACUUAUUAAAUAAUCUGGAUAAAGGAUCAUGUCAAUCUCAAGUAUUUUUACAAAUGUAUUUUGUUGGGGUGACGAAUUUAUUAAAGUAACUAUUAUUAUAGGCAAAUAUACUGGGAUUCGAAUCUUAUUUUUUUUGCAAUAAAACCCAAAUAUUUUUUAAACCCUCUAGUAGGUAUAUUAUGUUAAAAAAUAUUUACUAUUCCUAAACAAAUACUAUUAAUUUAUAUUAAUUUAGUAAGAAGUGUUGAAUAAUUAGUUAUAAUCUUAUAUUUUGAGUAAAUGCACAUAUUCGCUUUAAUUAAUAAACAUAAGUUAAUUUAAAUAAUGUAUUUCUGUAUAUUUGUUAUUUCUUAAAUGUAUAAUUCCAAGUUUUAAAUAAAAAAAUAUACUUAUUAAUAGUCUUGCCUUCGUUGAACCAUGUGAUUAUUAUUAUUAAUAAUAAUGUUUAGUUUUGUAUAGUUAUCUUUAAUGAAGCCAUUUAUGAUUGUAUCAAAGAAUGUAUCAUGUAAUUUGCAUUUACCGUUUAAUAAAUCGUUAUAUUACUA